GUGGGCUCUCUGAAUGUAAAGUGUUUGUCCAUGCCGUGUCACACCAGUGGCCACAUUUGCUAUUUUGUAACAAAAGAAAACAGCACUGAACCACCAGCUGUGUUUACAGGCGAUACUCUGUUUGUGGCCGGCUGUGGAAAGUUUUUUGAGGGUACCGCUGAUGAGAUGUAUAAAGCCCUGAUUGAGGUUUUAGGCCGUCUUCCUCCUGAGACGCGUGUAUACUGCGGUCACGAGUACACCAUCAAUAAUCUGAAGUUCACACGGCAUGUUGAGCCAAAUAACGAGGCCAUCCAGAAAAAGUUAACAUGGGCUAAGGAAAAAUAUGUUAACAGAGAGCCAACCAUUCCCUCUACGGUGGAGGAUGAGUUCACAUUUAACCCCUUCAUGAGAGUGAGAGAGAAGUCAGUACAAGAGCAUGCUGGGACCAGUGACCCGAUUGAAGCCAUGAGAAGAAUCCGUAAGGAGAAGGAUGGCUUUAGAGUCCCAAAGAAUUGAGCUUUCAGGCUCGUUUUUGCGAUGGUCAUCACCACUACGCUUAUAUCUGCUCAUCACUUGACUAACAAUCGCAGGACAUGCAGAAACUCCAUUUACAGCAAAAGCACAAUUAUUGAGCUGGUAUGUUAUUUCCAUGUUUUUUCUUUAAGACAGCGUAUCGUCUUCGGUGAGCAAUACACAGGAUUGUUAACCUGUAAAACAAUGUUAUUUAAACCAUUGCUGCAAGCAAUAGAUCAAACAAAAACUAACUAUUUAUAAUGUUUUCAUGAAUACAUUUAUGCCACUGAUUCGCAUUGAAUAAAAAAAAAAUUUCAAAUGUACUAGGUCUGUUUUGUAGGCACAAUUUUAUUUACGUAAGUUUACGUAGGUUUUAUUUUUGGACAUUUUCAGCUUUUGGGAAGAGCCAGGCCAUGAACCAAUGUUAUGUGGUUAAAUUAUAGUUUUAUGUCUUAAUGUGCAAUGUUUUAUUUUGUAAAUCAAAAAGAAUUAUUUUUAAGAUGUUAUGAACAAAGCGUAUUUUUAUGUCAAUCAGAAAAUGACAUUUGAUGAAACUGUGUUUAUUCUGAUGUCUCUGGAUGAUUUUGAAUAUAGAAAUUAUUGAACAAUGCAUACUGGUUUUUCGCCUUGUUUUAUCUCAUCCAGUUAUUGUUUCAGCCGAACUUGCACUUUUUGUCAUCAAAAAUAACAGAUAUUAUAAUUAUAGUGUUCAAACUGAAUAAAGUCUCAAUGUAAAUUUACAUAGCUGUUUGUUUUUUUCAUAAAUCCAGCUACAAUCUUGAUUAAAGAUGUGCUGUUUUAUUACCUUAUUUUGUAUAAAA